AGGUUACACCGUGGUCCAAGUGGUUUAAGUGGUUUGGAUAUGGGUCAAUAAAAUUGAUUCUUCCAAUAUGCAAUUUCCUUGAACAUGGCCAUCGAUAGCGAGUGAUAGUUAGCCUUUCUCUGUCUGGAUGGGGCCAACGUUUUUCUGGAAGGUCAAAAGUCGAUAUAUUUUUAGAUCAGCAUGCACUCGGUUGAAUGGCUUUCGAGCUUUCGAGCUUUCGAGCUUUCGAUUGAUUCGGAAUGUUCUAAAGCUUUAGAUGAUCUGCAACGUGGAAACUUAUUAUUGUACCAGUGUACCUUGUGAGUAGCCCUCACAUAUUUACAUACAUUUGACCAAAACAACGUUGAAAGCAACUGAAGGACAUUCUUUCGCGCCAUUUACAUUUUCCUCACAUCAGCUCCGCAGUUCCCUCAUGAUAAACUUGCUUACCCCUCCCGUUGUAUGAGACGAAAGAGGAGAACCACCAAGCAAGCAGGCAAGGCAAUGAAGCAAUGCAAGCUAAGUCAAUCGUAUACGAAUCAAAGCGUUAUUACCAUCCAAUUGGCCGACGCAGCCAUAAUCCAUUCCGAUUCUUCCAGUUGGUUAUCAAAUUACCCAUUAAGACGAGCCAUUCUCAACCUACAACACACAUUUCUUGGCUUUCACUAGGACAUUGAUGGCCAGGCCAGGGCCUCUCGCACUCCGUAAGCGUUCCGUUAGCUAGGUACGUACAGCAGUCAAUUUUGCCAACGUUGAAUAUUUGAUCUACGUAAGGAAUCAUGCGAGAAUCAGCCCUCUGUAGACAUCUGAAUCCAUGGAUGGCCCGAUAUGAUAUUUUGUUAUAUAAAUAACCGUAGGAGUAUCCUACUGAUCUAUGUUUUGGGACAGUAGACUUUGUG